AAAUAAGUGUCAAAGAGUACAUCGUAUUAGGCUGUGUUGUAUUGGAUUCACACAAGCUCUGUUAGUCUCUCCAAAUUGGAAGUGCGAUCUGCAAGAAGGGUCUAUUGGCUAAGUACAUUUUUUGCAGACAAAACAGAAAAUGACAACUCCCUUGCGUGUCCCGAUAGCCUGCUUCCUCGGCGUCACUCUGGGCUAUCCAGUUUACAAGUUUUACACAUCGAUGGAGCCCUCCCCUACAGCGCGUUAUCCAGAGCGUGUUGCGAGGAUUCGGAUGCUGGGCACCGGAUUGGGCGUAGGCGGCAUCGCCUUCCUCGCGUACUCGUACCUAAAGAGGAACGCGGAGAGGAAUAGGAAAUUAUGACUCUGGUGUGGAGAUGAUAGAGAAGAAAUUGAUGAUGAAAAACAAGUCAUUGCUGUUUACUUACAAUAAUGUUAGUCGUCCUCCUAAUAUAACAGAGAACCGUAAGAACUAGACACUUCAUCUUUCCUGAUACAUUCAUCUCUCUCUUGUAAGAACUACACCUCUUCUACGGCUCUAAUUUCAGAGCAGGCGCCACCUGCUCAGUGCAACCUCGAAGCGCCCAAACCAAAGCCAAUAUCAGAAGAGCUAGCCAAGGGGGAAGAGAUACCCCAGCUAGCGAGAAUCGAAGACGUGGAGGAUGCUUUUCAAGGUCCCGAAUGGGCUGCCGUUCGAGCGCGCGCGAAAGCAUUGUUAGAGGAGAAGAAACUGCUAGAACAGAAAGACUUGCUGGUGCAGAGGGACAAGGGAGGAGGAUGAUGAAAGGGGAAUCUACCUAAGGUAGAUUUCCCUUUCCCUCCAGACAUGAUGGAGAUACAUUGUUGGGACGAAUAGCACUGCAUGUUUCGAAUUCUUGUCUACUUAUCGAUAGCAUCAAUUUAUCUACCUUGUAUGCUUCCUCGGACUUUAGACAACACUGGUCACCGAAGAGUGGUCGAUCGGG